UCGGACCCUGUUUUAUUACUGGCAGUACUGAAAAUUUAUAGGUUCACGUAACAUAAUCCUAUAAAUGUUUCAGGGGACCUUGAUCGAUUGGUCGAACGCGUUCGUACGUUCCACUUCUCGCUUCGAACCGCAUCAAACUUCACGUGUCUCAAUUGCGUGACCGGUAGAGUAGAAGUUCAAGUUGCGAGGUUAAACGCGGUUGAACGCGAUUGAUGGCCGUGCAGUUUCACUGGCGAACGGAGGUUGAUGCAAGAAUUCUGCUUCUGUCGUUGCAAUUAUAUAGUCUUGAAUUUUUAAAAUGGACGCGUUAGGGACGGGAAAUUUGAGCGGUUCGCAGCGGGACGAGCUGAUGCAGCAAGUGAAACAACAGAUAGCCGUGGCCAAUGCUCAGGAACUGCUUACGAAAAUGACGGAAAAAUGCUUCAAAAAGUGCAUAGGCAAGCCAGGCACCUCACUGGACAGUUCUGAACAGAAAUGCAUAGCCAUGUGCAUGGAUCGAUACAUGGACUCCUUCAAUCUUGUAUCCAAAACAUACAGUGAGAGACUCCAAAGAGAACGUAACAGAAUGUAAAUACUGAAGUUCAUGGAAAUAUAUUGUUAUAUUUGUUAUUCUCACACAUUGUAAUUUAAUAGCACAGAUUCCUAUAGUGUUCAUUAGUUGUACAAAUGCAGUUUUAUCAUAUAAAACAUGAAACACAAAUCAUUUCAAGUGGAAUAAACUUCUGUACAGUAUUUUUACUUUAAUACUUAACAAAAUCAUGUGAUAACUACUGUAUGAUACAUUUAAAAUAUAUGUAUAAUGUUGAAUAUUAAAAUGAAGCUUGAUUA